CGGUUCCUUUCACAGGCUCCCCGCCUCCUCCCCUCCCUCCUUCCCCCGUGAUGGCGGAGGACAGCGAGUCUGCGGCCAGCCAGCAGAGCCUGGAGCUGGAUGACCAGGACACCUGCGGCAUAGACGGCGACAAUGAGGAGGAGGCCGAGCACGCCAAGGGAAGUCCUGGAGGGGAUUUGGGAGCGAAGAAGAAGAAAAAGAAACAGAAGAGAAAAAAGGAGAAACCAAAUUCUGGAGGCACCAAAUCAGAUUCUGCAUCUGACUCCCAGGAGAUUAAAAUUCAACAGCCUUCGAAAAAUCCAGCCAUUCCAAUGCAGAAACUUCAAGACAUCCAGAGAGCGAUGGAGCUGCUCUCUGCAUGCCAAGGUCCAGCAAAGAACAUUGAUGAGGCUACCAAACGUAAAUACCAGUUUUGGGAUACGCAACCUGUACCUAAACUUAACGAAGUUAUAACUUCACAUGGUGCAAUUGAACCAGAUAAGGACAAUGUCCGUCUAGAGCCAUAUUCUUUGCCACAGGGUUUUAUGUGGGACACGUUGGAUCUUAGCAAUGCCGAAGUUCUAAAGGAAUUAUACACACUGUUAAAUGAGAAUUACGUAGAAGAUGAUGAUAAUAUGUUUAGGUUUGAUUAUUCACCUGAAUUUCUUCUGUGGGCACUACGUCCUCCGGGCUGGUUACCCCAAUGGCACUGUGGUGUUAGAGUGUCUUCAAACAAAAAACUGGUAGGAUUCAUAAGUGCCAUCCCUGCAAAUAUUCGUAUUUAUGACAGUGUGAAGAAAAUGGUAGAAAUCAAUUUUCUGUGUGUCCAUAAGAAACUGAGAUCUAAACGGGUAGCACCUGUACUGAUUCGGGAAAUAACCAGAAGAGUAAACCUGGAAGGAAUUUUUCAGGCUGUUUACACUGCUGGAGUGGUACUCCCCAAACCUGUGGCUACUUGCAGGUAUUGGCAUCGAUCACUGAACCCCAGAAAAUUGGUGGAGGUGAAAUUUUCACAUUUGAGUAGAAACAUGACUCUACAAAGAACAAUGAAGCUCUACAGACUUCCUGAUGCUACAAAGACUUCAGGUUUGAGACCAAUGGAACAAAAAGAUACUAAAGCAGUACAAGAAUUAAUCAACACUUACUUGAAGCAGUUUAAUCUUGCUCCUGUGAUGGAUGAGGAAGAGGUGGCCCACUGGUUCCUGCCUCGGGAUCAUAUUAUUGACACUUUUGUAGUAGAGGGCUCAAAUGGUAUUUUAACAGACUUCCUGAGUUUCUACACGUUACCUUCAACAGUGAUGCACCAUCCUGUUCAUAAAAGCCUGAAAGCUGCCUAUUCCUUUUACAAUAUUCAUACAGAGACCCCCCUCUUGGACUUAAUGAAUGAUGCACUCAUAAUAGCUAAGUUGAAAGGAUUUGAUGUGUUCAAUGCACUAGACUUAAUGGAAAACAAAACAUUCCUGGAAAAACUCAAGUUUGGGAUUGGAGAUGGAAAUUUGCAGUAUUAUUUGUACAACUGGAGGUGUCCUGGCAUGGAAUCUGAAAAGGUUGGUCUUGUAUUACAAUGAGGACACGUGUUUCUAGAACUCUGAGGUUGUCAUUUGCGUUAAUUUGAUCUCCAUAACUCUUGGAAUGAUACUGUUCAAGAGGAGUAAAAGCACAACGUCAGUGAUACUGAAUAGUCCAUUAAACCUGAGCAAUGAAGAAAUCCACAUGUGACCAAAUUUAUGCAUUUUCAGAUAAAUCAGAAGGUCCUUGAAACUCUUUUUAUUGUCCAUGAAAAGAAUAAAAGCACAUUCAUUUAAGUUUCAAAGCUUAGCUUGCACCUUGAUGAGAAGAAGGUAUUUUUUUUCCACUCUGUAGAAAAGACUGUUUUGUACAAACUGAACUUCAGUGGUGGAUUAGGGUACAAAAAUAUUUGCUAUUAUGUGGAUGAACUGCUGCAUUUCUAUUUAUUAAGUGGUGGUGUAUGUUUGUCAGUGUAACAGAAUGAAGGAUACAAACUUGAGUAUCUUUGCUAUAUUUACUUCACGUGGAUAUCAUCAUUUGGGGAAAAAUCAUGAAGUUAUGAUGCGUUUGUAGCUCUAUGAAAGUCCUGGAUGUUUUUUGUAACUGGAGCAGUAUGACAAUGUACUGGUUUAACUAGUGCAUUUGUUUCUCCAUAAGCAACGCUGCCAAAUCAAUAAAAAUACAGAUUUGUACUUUGAUCUUCAAUAGAUCAGUGGAUUGAUUUAACAGUAUCGCACUGUUCAGUGCAGGUGUUAUCUAUGUUGCCGGAAUGUUAAUACAUUACUGUACUUGAUUUACAGUUGUGGCACAAAACCUUAGUUUUUCCUCAGUAGAGUACCAUCAGCCUGUGUGUAAAACUAAGAAUUUUAGUAGUGCUAUCAGGAUAUUUAUAGUUUGAAUGUUUUCGAUGCUUCUGCAAAAUUGCACAUAUUCCUUUGUCUACUUUGAUUUCCUAUGAAGUCUGUAAUUCUAAUGAAAAAGUAUCUUGUGUAAAUACGUAUUCAUAAAUUGUUCCUGGUAGUGUUUUUAUCCUGACUUUGGAACAAGAACUUUUGCUGUGUAUGUGGCUGGUAGGUGGAAGAGAAAUGCUCUACCCUCAGUCCUUGGAAGCCUGCUUGCUGUGCUUCCUGAAAUGUAAGAGGGCUGGUCUUUGUUGUUGGGCAAGCUGUUUUAAUUCCCUCCCGAAUGCUUGGCAACCAGAAUGGCUUCUGAAGCACUUUAUAUGCGUUCCAGCGUAGUGCAGUGCCGUAGUUAGGUAUGGUAGCAGAUCUUUCACUUGGCGGGUGCUGCAGUAACAUGAGCGCCGCCAGAAGCUGCAGCAAGAAGCUGUCCUAGCUGAAAGUGCCAAAUCGUGGUAGUGAAGCCUCUGUGCUGUAAGCAUCUUUUGAAUGUGACUUGAAUAUCUCAUGAAAUGCAAAUGUCUAAGCUUUCCUUUUAAACAUGCCUGUACCUAAAAACAUCAAUUUAGAUGGAGAUGAAUUUGUCUGUUCUUCGUAACUGCUAGCCCUGCCCACCUCCUUGUAGCACUGGGGGUUUUCUUUCUCCCCUUUCUUUUCCUGUGUCUCAAUUGUUUGUGGUUUGGUUUCUUGUUGAACAGUGAGAGGAUUCUGCCCUAGAGACAGCGAUAAAUAGCUUGGCUUAUUGCAUUAUAGCUCUGUGCUUAAAGCAUCCGACUUCCUUCCACAAAGGAGGGGACUGAAGGUGUUUGUCUGCCCUCCAGGCAUGCUAGGGGCCUGGGGAAAACAAGGGCUUUAAAGGGGAUCUUCCAGGCAGUCUGUGCAGAUGGAGCUGUGAGGCCUGAGCAGAACUAAGUGCCUGAAAACACAACCGACGGUAUAGAUACCUGAGGCAGCAACAGGGAUUUAAUCCCAGCACCAUCCAAGACUUGACCUCUCACCUCCCGGAAGGCGGGACGCGGCCCUGCCUGACAGGAAUUCACCUGGGAGCACGCUGGGGCACGGAGGAGGCUGACACCGGCCUUGGUGCUCGCUGCCUCCUCGCUUCCCAGGGCAGAGCCUCGGCAAUCCUCACCCAGCCGCUAGCGCUGGGGGCGACUGCGUGGCUCUGCCCCGGCGCUGAGGGACAUGGUGCCCGCAGCGGUCACAGCACAGCUCCCCCUGCUCUGGCCUUGGGUGCUAGGGGAAUGACGGGCUCGUUUGCUCUGCCUUCCCUCAAAAAUACAAGUGGAAGAAAUGCUAGACAGUGUUUUUUUCUUUUCUCUUUUCCAAAAUCAAAAGCGGUUAGGCCACGGUGGGACCAAAUGCACACGGGCAGAAGGCAGAACUGAGUUUUCUUGCUGCCCAAAUCUUGGGGUGAGUGCACGUGAAGCAAGGAGUGUGGCCAUUCUUUGCUAGGGCCAUAUCCUGGGGAAAAAACAAUGAGUUUGAGGUGUGCAAAUUUGUCUUUUUCUGACUAGCUGGAUGUUAACUACAGGAAGGGGACAGAGUCAUGCUCCUGUUGAAGCGUUGCAGCGCUGUAGCUGACAGAAAAGUUCCAGGGCCAGAGAGGAUGAGGGAUGAGGGCACAUCUGAGCCUAAGCUGGAGCAGCUCCUGGGCAGUCCUGUGCACAGAACUGCUACCUAGUGGCUGUUUAAUCCAAAACGGUCUCUUCUGUCCCUGCUGAGUGCUUCAGCCUUUUGGCUGAACCUGCUCUUUUAACUCGAGUGCUUUGUGAGCCUUGGAGGUGUCCCAGCCUGCACCCAGGCGGUCAGGCAGUUACUUGGAGGUAGAAGUUGUGGCCGCCCGCCCUCGCUUCCUGAGCAGGGCCUUAACUAAAGGGCACUGGCGUGGGUGCUGCUGUCAGCAGCUCUGACAGAGGCUCUUGUGCUGUUCCACAUGUUGAACCUGCACGUGCGGUAGGUUUUGAACAGCUACCAGGUAAGACCCUUCAAAAACUAAUAGCUGGUUUCAAAACUGGCAAAUCUGAAGGCGUUUUGAAGGCUCACUCUACCACCUUUCCCAUUACUCUUUUCAAACAUCCUGCGUAAUUUUUCUUUGGUAACUUUGCAGAGGGGACACAAAUCCCUUGAGAGAGCUACAGAGCUGGGCAGGCAGCAAGGUGCUUGAAAAGAUGACUGCUGUGCUUUGUUCUUUACCAAAGCUAAUCCUCGUGCUCUUCUUAAAGACUAAGAGCUAAAUGUUACAACUAGCUAGCAUGGGAAUUAAUUACACUAGGUUCUAGCAUGCCUUCAAAAUUGUAUGCAUCUAAAAAGCCAAAGCAGAUGACUGUGAAGGACUAUGAAGCAAGGCAAAAUAAAAUCACCUCUUUCCUUGCCACCCUCAGCAAGGGAGGGCAAAUUUCUGGCAUUGAAUGCCUUUGUUUUGUUUAAACUUCAGGGAGCAUGACAACUACAGAAUCAUGGCUACUGCCUCCCUUCAUAGUCAGUAUCGUGAGCUUAAGACACUUCUACUAAAUUCCAAACUCCAGAUGAGCCAGCUGAUAGCACUGGGAGGCUAGACUUGCAAAGCUCUGAAAACCGCAACACGUAAAACCCAUCUUUGCGAAACAAGGUGAAACAAUUAAGCUAUUUUGCUCUUUUACAAUACCAUAGAAUUCACUUUUGCUUAUAACAUAGAGUGCCAAAUAAACUCCUGCGCUGUCAAUUUUGAUUGCAGUUUGAAUUGCAACACUAGUUCCUUUCCUUCCUACAAAACAGCUGUCUCAUUAGGAAACUGUUCAUAGACCUCAGCAAAAGGAAACUCCAAACCUUUUAGUCUUGUGUAGCAACUACAGCUGUCAUCUGCUACUUUACAUACAACAGGCCAUGGCUGAAUUUCCUGGGGAAUAACUUUAGACUCCAUUUAGGAACUGAGUUUAGUUUACAUUUUCUCACAGGAUAUGUGUGUUAAUAGUUUACAUACAGAAGUGUGUGUGUUUUGGUUUUGUUUUUUUUUUCCAAAUGCAGUAGUAAUUUUGUUCUGCUCUAUGUAUGAAAAUAACCUUUUUCCUUCAGCAUAUUGACCACCAGGUAGAGCUGGAACCCAAGCCUGCAUACAUGCUUGACCAAACCAAGAUUCUUGUUCAGCAGAGGAAAGGAUGAAAGUUCAAAAGGGAAGUCUGCCUGUGCUGUUACAGCUCUUUACUUGAAACAAGCAUUGAACCAGCUUUAAGAGUUAUACUGGCAUGGACUUUUGUUUAAAUAAACUUUCAAUUUUGGUAUCAA